AUGCAGAUCAAGAACGACGUCAGAAUGUUCUGCUGCCGCGUCCAGACUAUCCUUGGCAGAUGCCAGCGAAAGCAGAAGAACAUCCCAGAGAUCUCCGCUCCAUUCAAUUUGAAGAGGGAGCCGGUUUGCCUUCCAGGCAUCUCCGAAGACGAACUCUCCAUCCUUCGCGAUAAAGCAGCAGCCAGCCGCAUUGGCAUUGUCGAGUCGAUCCCUCUUGCUCAUUCCGCAUUGUUUUCGCACCCGCCUUCGCCGAUCAUGACCGUCCUGUCGCCCAGCGGAGCUUCAACCUCGUCUCUCACCACCAACUAA